GAAUCGCUCUGCUCUCUCUCUCCCACACUCUCACAUUUUCUUUUCUUUUUCUUUUCUUUUGUUUUCUUUCCUCACGCAAACCCUUGACCUCAAAUCCACACUAACCCCACUAAAACAAACACACACUCUCUCUCUACAGUGCUACCUGUCACCUUCAAUUGCGACUUUUGCACCACUCAACUCGCAUUUCUCUUUCUCUCUCUUACAUUUGUUUGCCCCUUUUUCUUUUAUAUAAAUAAAGAGAUUUAGGGUUUUGUUUUUUCUUCGAUAUGAAUCCGCAGCAGGGCUCGGGGAAUAACAAGGACCCAGAGGAAGAGCCCGUGACCCAGUCGGUUGUUGACUCGACCGUUAAGACGGGCCCGGAGAAGCCUGUUGCUCCUGAGCCGGUUGCCGUUACUGGAGAAGACGAGGUUGUUACUUCAUCAGAGAAAACGGAGGAUACGACGAUGGAAGAUGAUUUGGUUAAUCCGGCUACGGUGUUUUGUAUUCGCUUGAAACAGCCGAGGUCCAAUGUGCAACAUAAAAUGAGUGUCCCUGAACUGUGUCGCAAUUUUAGUGCUGUUGCUUGGUGUGGAAAGUUGAAUGCUAUUGCUUGUGCGUCUGAAACUUGUGCUAGAAUUCCGAGUUCUAAUGCAAAUCCACCGUUUUGGAUUCCCAUACAUAUUGUGAUACCAGAGCGUCCGACUGAGUGUGCAGUGUUCAAUGUCAUAGCAGAUUCUCCUCGUGAUUCUGUUCAGUUUAUUGAAUGGUCACCUACUUCUUGUCCUCGUGCCUUAUUGAUAGCUAACUUCCAUGGGAGGAUAACCAUCUGGACUCAGCCAUCCCAAGGGCCUGCUCAUCUGGUACGCGAUGCUAGCUGCUGGCAGCGUGAGCAUGAAUGGCGGCAGGAUAUAGCAGUUGUUACAAAGUGGUUAUCAGGGGUGUCGCCGUAUAGGUGGCUUUCCUCAAAAUCCAGUAAUCCUGCAAACUCAAAGUCAACUUUUGAGGAAAAAUUUCUUUCCCAGCAAUCUCAAAAUUCAGCCAGGUGGCCCAAUUUUCUUUGUGUUUGUUCCGUCUUCUCUUCAGGGUCUGUUCAACUUCACUGGUCUCAGUGGCCACCUACUCAGGGUAGUACAGCACGAAAGUGGUUUUGCACCAACAAGGGGAUUUUGGGUGCUGGGCCUAGUGGGAUCAUGGCUGCUGAUGCUAUAAUAACAGACAGUGGUGCCAUGCAUGUGGCAGGUGUUCCAAUUGUAAACCCAUCUACUGUUGUUGUCUGGGAGGUUACUCCUGGCCCAGGAAAUGGAUUUCAAGCAACUGCAAAGACCAGCACAAGCAGUGGGAUCCCACCUUCAGUUAAUCCACCCAUCUGGGCAGGUUUUGCCCCAUUGGCUGCAUACUUAUUUAGUUGGCAAGAAUAUUUGAUAUCUGAGGCAAAGCAAGGGAAGAAGUCAACAGAUCAAGAUUUUAAUGAUGCUGCGUCACUACAUUGCUCGCCAGUUUCAAAUUUCUCAGCGUAUGUGAGUCCUGAGGCUGCAGCACAAUCUGCAGCAACCACUACUUGGGGCUCUGGAGUAACUGCAGUUGCCUUUGAUCCAACUCGUGGUGGUUCUGUAAUUGCUGUUGUUAUUGUUGAGGGACAAUACAUGUCCCCAUAUGAUCCAGAUGAGGGUCCUACAAUCACAGGGUGGAGAGUGCAACGUUGGGAGUCAUCUCGUCAGCCUGUUGUUAUCCAUCAUAUAUUUGGGAACCCUUCCUCCAGUUUUGGAGGGCAAGCACCUAUGCAAACUGUUUGGGUUUCUAAAGUGGAUAGAAGCAUACCACCUACAAAUGACUUUAAGAUUCAGCAAGCAGCUGCCGCCGGACCAGCUUCUGAUGCCCGAAAAGCAUCUGAUUUGAGUGCUGAGAAGGCAAAGAGAGUCAGUUUUGAUCCCUUUGAUCUGCCAAGUGAUGUUAGAACACUUGCUCGAAUUGUUUAUUCUGCUCAUGGUGGUGAGAUUGCUAUUUCAUUUCUUCGGGGUGGAGUCCACAUUUUUUCUGGUCCAGAUUUUACUGCUGUUGAUCACUACCAGAUUAAUGUUGGAUCUGCGAUUGCUGCUCCUGCCUUCUCUUCAACAAGCUGUUGUUCAGCUUCUGUUUGGCAUGACACUAGCAAGGACCGUACCAUAUUGAAGAUAAUUCGUGUUCUUCCUCCUGCUGUUUCAAGUAGUGAAAUAAAGGCUAACGCAUCAACCUGGGAACGUGCUAUAGCUGAGAGGUUCUGGUGGAGUCUUUUGGUUGGAGUUGAUUGGUGGGAUGCUGUUGGCUGUACACAAAGUGCUGCUGAGGAUGGCAUUGUUUCUUUGAACAGCGUGAUUGCUGUCUUAGAUGCGGAUUUUCAUUCUCUCCCUUCUAUUCAGCACAGGCAACAGUAUGGACCUAGCCUGGACAGGAUAAAGUGCAGGCUACUUGAAGGUUCAACUGCCCAAGAGGUUAGGGCAAUGGUUCUAGAUAUGCAAGCAAGGCUGUUGCUAGAUAUGCUAGGGAAAGGAAUUGAAUCAGCUUUGGUAAAUCCUUCAGCUCUAGUAUCAGAACCAUGGCAGGCAUCUGGUGAGACAUUAUCCAGCAUUGAUCCUGAAGCAAUGGCUGUUGAUCCAGCCCUUGUUCCGAGUAUUCAGGCUUAUGUUGAUGCUGUUCUGGAUCUGGCUUCACAUUUUAUUACACGUUUGCGGCGUUAUGCAAGUUUCUGUCGCACAUUGGCAAGUCAUGCUGUUAAUGCAGGUUCUGGCAGCAACCGCAAUAUGGUAGCAAGUCCUACCCAAAGUUCAGCAACUCCAGCAACAAGUCAGGCUGGUCAAAGUGGUACCACGAGUUCAACAGGAAGCACACAGAUGCAAGCUUGGGUACAGGGUGCUAUUGCUAAGAUUAGCAGCUCCACCGAUGGAGUUGCCAAUUCAACUCCAACCAUAAGUGGUCCAUCUUCCUUUAUGCCGAUAAGCAUUAACACAGGAACAUUUCCUGGAACACCAGCUGUUAGGCUCAUUGGAGACUGCCAUUUCCUUCAUAGAUUAUGUCAACUUCUACUUUUCUGCUUUUUCUUUCGGCGAGCGCAACAACCUCGCUAUGCACAAAGAACUGCUGAUGCAAAUCAACAAAAAUCUCAGCCUGGGGCUCCUGGAAAGAUGGAGGAGGUCAAUUCUGUUUCUGUUAAGCCAACGACAACUAUGACUAGGUCUGAUGAAGCCCAGGGAUCAAGAACUGGACAGGUGGUACCUGGAGCUAAAGCAGUUGAGGAAGGUCCUGCUGGGCGGUUAAAGAUGGGCUCUGGGAAUGCUGGUCAAGGAUACACUUUUGAGGAGGUGAGGGUCCUUUUCUUCAUUCUUAUGGAUCUCUGUAGGCGUACUGCUGCUCUAGCACACCCAUUGCCAGUUUCUCAAGUGGGGAGCAGCAGUAUCCAGGUGCGGUUGCAUUACAUUGAUGGAAAUUAUACAGUGUUGCCUGAGGUAGUGGAAGCAUCUCUUGGCCCACAUAUGCAGAAUAUGCCUCGACCUAGGGGUGCAGAUGCUGCUGGUCUGUUACUGCGUGAGUUAGAAUUGCAUCCCCCAUCUGAAGAAUGGCACAGACGGAAUAUGUUUGGUGGUCCAUGGUCUGAUCCUGAGGAUAUGGGCCCAAUAGAUGACACUCCUAGGCUAAGUAAUUCCAUUGACUCCAUUGAUAUGAGCUCCUUGGAAAAUUUUGAUGGCUAUUAUGGAGCCCAAACCCUGUGGCCAAGGAAGCGCCGGCUGUCUGAAAGAGAUGCAGCAUUUGGCUUAAACACUUCUGUUGGCCUGGGUGCAUAUCUUGGUAUAAUGGGAUCUAGAAGAGAUGUUGUGACAGCUGUGUGGAAGACUGGUCUUGAAGGUGUUUGGUACAAGUGCAUAAGAUGUUUGCGGCAGACUUCAGCUUUUGCUUCACCUGGUUCAACCAGUCAGCUUAGUCAAAAUGAACGGGAGACUUGGUGGAUCAGCCGUUGGGCCCAUGGAUGUCCUAUGUGUGGUGGAACUUGGGUUCGAGUUGUAUAGAUGAUACUUUUGACGGGAUGUUUAUUGGCUGGGCUCAUUUUGAUUCCUCCUUUAUGUGAGUUACAACUUCUUAUCUUGCAAAUAUAUGUGGUAGCUGAUCACCAGAAUUGCCAGUGAGUCUUGAUUUUGCUGGAUUGAACAGUUGUAUAGGAUCGAGCUUUGCUCAUCUCCAUUGGCUCAGGAGCAAUUUAUGGUCGACCUAUUAGAUUGUAAAUAGCUUUCUGGUAAAUAUGUCUAUUCGUCUAGUUGCAGUUUACGCAGUCCUGAUGGUGCGAAUGUAAUACCAAACCAAAAUGUAGAAGAAGCAAAUGAUUGCUUUGAUCCGAGAAGCUGUUCCUCCGAAUCAGCCUUGAUUGUUUACCGUCCCAUCUUGUAAAUUCUGUUGAGAAAACGACUUAGGUUGCUUGGCAUUACUGUAACUAGAAUUUUCUUUCCGAGCCUCCAAGAAGGGAUGAGAACAAGAAAUGAAUAGGUUUAGAUUCCCUGAAGUUUGAAACAUUGACAUGCUUGUUCCACUCGGGCAAAAGGGCAGCGCCCUCGGUCCAAUCAGCUGUCUUUGUAAGUGAAAAUAUAAUAUUUGAGGUAAAAGAACAUGUUUUCUGCAUUGA